AUGGACGCUGAGGGCACCGUGGGGACCCCAGUGGGUCCCCACUCACAACGCACAACAGAACACUAUUUGGCAAACGGCUCUAAUGGGGAGGGCCUGGGGACUCAUAGACUUCCUCACACAGUGGAGUAUACUGAAGAAGGCGUGGUGGAAAUGGUUCGUUGCCUUAACUCGUCGGAUGCCUGUCCCCAAGGGGCUCCAACAAAACCCACCGCAGAUGAAUACCUCACAGAGUUUCAGCGACACCCCAGUGCGUGGAGUAUUUGCAUUUCAAUCCUCAACAAGCACGCAGCACUCCAGAAGCCUCACUAUGGAUCAGCAGUCCAGAGCGCUCCUACCGAGCUUCUCCACUUUGCAGCUCAGACUCUUGCAGCGCAGGCUCGCGCUGGCUUUCCCCAGCAGCUCUCAGCACUGUUGGGCAAUCAGAGGGCAGCGGGAGGUUCUAUGGUGGUCUCUGAUGACUCUGCGGUGGCCGCGUCCCGGGUCUAUGCAGAGCUACGUGACGGAUUGUUACAACUUGUCUUCGCUUUUCGAGAUGCUCCCAGACCAGUACUCCGUCAGCUUUGCAUAGCGUUAUCCUCUGCCAUACAUUUUGGUGCGGUCGGAGGCGAUGGGUCUACAGGGUCCGGGGGACCUUACUUGGAACCUGUGCUGGAGUCGCUCGGCCGUCAGGCUGGGACGGAAGGCUUCUUGCCUUUGCUCGAGCUGCUGACUUUGAUUCCCGAGGAGCUUUGCACGAAAAGGAAUGCACUACCUGAGGACCAACGCGUACCAUGUCUCGCGCGUUGCAUCUGCAACAACACCGUGGACGUGCUGAAGGCUGUUGAGUCUAUGUUUUUGCAAGCAAAGGCAGCCCAUGAUAAAGCAGCACCUCAGGAGAGGCCCCACUGGCUGUCCAUCCUUCAUGCCGCGGUGAAGACUCUGCAGUCUUGGCUGGCUGCUAUUUGCUGCUGGAUGCAGCUGCUGGAAGGGGAGCAAGGGCCGGCGCACGGUGCACGAGGGAUGGAAGACGCAUUGGAAGUCUUGUCUCUCGCGCUGCACCAUGUGGCAGAGGGCCAGAUGUUUGGCGUUGUGCUUCGGGGAGUGACCUCUGAGGGCUUGGACACUCUGCAACUCUCCUCAGAAUGCGUCGUGUCGGUUACCGCUGCAGCAUCGCUGCUGGAGGACACAACAAAGGGCAGCAAGGUAGACUGUCCGCAGAAUAUCAUGGGGCUCAGCCAAGUAAAUGGCAGCAGUGGCUCCACUCUGCCGGGGGACGACCGCAAGGAUGAGGGGUCUGUAAGCCCAGCGCUCAUUAGCUCUAUCGUUAAAGCCUACGGAGAUGGCUGCAAUACCGCUUUGGCUGCAGCAAAAGCGCAACCGAGAGGCAUUGCUGCUUUCGACGCUGAAAGGCUACAGCUCUUUGCUCAGGGCCUCCUUGAGCUUGCAAAGACACAGAUCCCUCGCUUGUUAGUCAGCAUAGCCGAGGGGGAGGCAUGGCUGGAGGACGGCGGUUCUGCGGGUAGGCCUGCUACUCACACUGCAGAAACAAGGUUUCUGCAGCCCUAUAUCGAGAGUAUCUGUGAGCUCUCAAGAGCUCUGCUUCACCACCCCUCAUACGAAGUGAAGGAGGUCGCUGUCGCAUUUUUCCGGAAUCUCCUGAAUGACAUUAUGGGGCUCAUGGAGGAGGAGAGGCGGCUAGCAUCCUGGCGAGACCAUCUUCGUGAUGAAGCAGCAGCAGCAGCUGCGGGGUCGGCAGACACGACCGCAAAUGCACGAAAUAUAGAAGAGUCGCUGAGUGAUAUUGAAUGCCGAUACACGCGAAUUAUGGACGCUUUGGCCUUCCGCGAGCCCGUGUUGUCACGCCUUUUCCGUCCGCUGACUGAAGCAGCGGUGCAGGAGCUGAAGCCCCCCCUGCUGGCUCUCAUGCGUGAAGAAAUUGAGUACGAUACCUGGCAAAGCUUCAGGACAGAACUUGCUACCACCGUGACGGAAGCCGCUGUACUCCUAGACUUGGAGCGUGCGUGCAAUGCCGCAGCGGCUCAGCUCAUCAGCCUUCUGAAGGACCCUCAGGAAAGUUACAUCUCCCACCGCAUCGCGCCUCUUCUCGCAGUUUCCUCCAGACUUCUUUGUGCUUGCACGUGCCCACCAGGCAAACGUAGUUCUCUGUAGCCUUUGCUGUUUUUGCCGCAGGUGGGUACCCUGGAUUCGUGGCUAGAGAUUGAGGCCCGGCUCUUCUUUGUCACAACAAUUGCGAACCGGAUCCAUCUCUCCAUCACAGACUCUACUGAGAGAGACUCGAAAGGGGUAUUCGAAACCGGGACUGCGUACACAGACCCGGAGCGAAACUCCUUUGUGUUACAGCUGUUCCAAGGCCUGCCGCAGCUGCGCUUCCCGGCGGAACCCCGGCAGAGCUCUGCUGUCUACACGCAAGCCACCGACAAUGAGGUGGCGUCUCUCUUCCUACAUGCAGCUGUAGCUCGGGCAACCGCUUGGUUAGCCGCAAGCGUCGUUCCUCAACACCAGGAGAUGUUUGCGCCGCUUUUCUCCCUUCUGGUCUCGCGCUCCUUGCAGUUCGUGGCAUCCUUGCCGGAUGCGCCGAAGGAUUCGAAUGUGCAUCUGUUGAGAAACGCCACAGAGGCGCUUCUCGUUGAGGGUGUAUCUUCGCUUGUAGCGGCUGCUUCUGCCUUCAUUCCCUCUCCUGGAAGGGAAGAAGACGUACACGCGCUACUAAACGCGCUCAUCGGGGCCUUCUCCAGGCCUGGCCUGAGCCUUGAAAACAGUUCAUCUCUGGUUAUGACGGCUGGCUAUGUUAUUUCUUGCCUCGACGCACCUUGCAUCCGCGAUCUUUUCCCAAGACUUUUGCAGUCUCUGGGUGAGGAGCUUGAGAGGUCUUUGGCGGAUCCACGGUGCGCCACCGCAACACUUAAGAGAAACCUGGCGUUGUUUUUCUCGGCACUACAAUCAGUCCAGCCAGCGCAAGAUUACUGCCCUCCGCCUCCGUGCCAGUCCUUUGAGGCGCUCAGCCCGCGCAGCCCCUACCGACAUCCUGUCCUGGAUGCAGUGGAAGGGAGCUGGCCCACUGUAGAAAAGGCCAUGACACAGAUUCAACGGAGCGAGUUUCUCUACGACGUUACCUGCUAUGGCCUUGUUGCCCUCUGUGCACAAUGCCGCUCCCACGUUCCACGCUAUCGGUUGUUUUACUCCUUCUUGCAGCUCCUGUCUUCCACUUUUGCCGAGUCGCCAACAGUGUACCACCUGGGGGCCCUGCGCUCCCUGCAAGGGAUCUUCUCAAACUCCCAGGAGGCUUGUGUCAGGCGAGCCGUUGCUACAGCCCUGGAAGGCUGCGUCGGUACAAUAUUACAAAAGAUCAAGGUGGGGGUUGUGUCCAAUUGGGCACACAAGGCUAACAGACGCGAUGAAACCAACUGUCCAGUCAGCGUAGAGGGCGAGAAGUACAUUUACAGCCAGCCGGACCUCGUUGGCAUCUCUACUGAUUGCGUGAACGUUGCUCUCCUUCACCCUCUUAGUGCUCAAGCUAUCGUUGGCUCAGCAUGGUUCAAAGAUCUCACCACUCUGGUGAUCCGGUGCACCCCGACCUGCAACCACCCCAAGGUCUUGCAUACCUACAUGGUCUUCCUCUCUCGUAUCGCGGCUUGGACAGAACCCCCCGCGAUUGUCCAUUCCUUCCAAGUUGGAGGGCCGAUUCCUUGGCUCGAGGAGGCAUCGCAAGAGACUUCUGCAGUCAUUAUGUCCCUUUUGAGCCUCCCCUUCCCUCCACCCUGUCCUUCGAAAGGGGGAGGGAAGCAGCCACCCAGCAGCUUCUUGGCUGAGACCAUAGCCGCAGUGAUACUGGCCCUCACCAGUGUACACGCUGCGCCGCAAUCUUGGAUUGGCAGCGCCGCUCAAACUAUUCUUCCUCUGCUUCGACAUUCCAUCCUCGAGGUUGCGACCAAAAAGGCGAUUGAAACUGCACUCCAGGCUCUCGAUGUUCACAUCAUGGACGAGCAUCAAAAACGGGAGUUUUGCUGGAGGUGCACUGGUCAGCUGUCGAUGAGGGAAAUGUGCGCUCUGCUGCAGCAGACAGCAGACGAUACAAAGGCUUCGUAUGUAAGGAACAAGUUUGCACUUGGAGGUCCCUCUAGGCCAGCGCAAUAUCAAGGCGCUGCUGCCGCGCAUUGA